AUGGAGUGGAAUAUACCGAUUCUUCUGUACGCUAUUGUACAGGUUAUCGCCUUCGUGUUGGUGCUGUUCGGUACGCCGAUCGACAUGUAUCGUUUUAGACCGCGGUAUAUCAGGCCCAACGCCACUGUAACUACCCUAUGGGGAGUGAAGAAGGGUGCAUUCAACGGCACCAACCUCAUGACAUCCGACUAUUUGUGGAGGAGGUGCACGGGCCGGCGCGACCGUUUCCGUCUUGCUCAGGCGUUCGCUGUGAUCUCCAUCUUCGUGUACGGCGCGGCGGCCGCCUUGGGCUUCAUCAUGCUGUACUGUUGCUCCUUCUUCCGGAUGGUCUGCCUGGCGCUCAACAUUGUUGGUGCUGUCACGUUGUGCAUUGUCUGGGCGGCUGUAGCGGUGACAUACCACAUGUAUGAAGGCCCUGACUGUUGGCAAGAGAGCGUUUUCUCCACCUACGGUGCCGGAUUUGUUCUCUUACUGCUAGCCUGGCUCCUCGAUCUCUUCAACAUCGUCGUUCUGCUUCUUCCCAUUUCCAUUGCAGCAGGAGGUGUGGGUGGCAGCUCGAAUAAAGACUCCAAUGAACAGGAUGAAUCUUCGAAUGGUCACUCGAGAGAGAGUUCGAUGGAGGGGUCAAGGCAAAAUUAUCUUUCAGAGGGCGUGUAG